CGGAAUAGAAAUAUUCUUUCCAAGAUCACCAUGGCCCAAGAUCCCAGAGUUCUUCUACAGAAAGCCGACAAAGCGCUCUCUGGCGCCUCGGGUGGCUUUAGCUGGUUCGGAGGACGCACUGAGAAAUACGAAGCUGCUGCCGAUCUGUAUACUCAGGCUGGAAAUGCUUUUCGAGUACAGAAGUUGAAUAAGGAAGCUGGACAAGCUUUCGAGCGUGCCGCCUCUAUUCAGACUCAGAACCUUAACGAGCCCGAUGACGCUGCCAAUACUCUCCAGGAAGCCUUUAAGGUCUACCGCAAGUCUGACCCGGAGGAUGCGGUCCGUGUGCUUUCCAGCGCUAUUCAACACUACGUACUAAAGGGGAACCUGCGUCGCGCUGCUACUCAGCAGCAAUACCUGGCUGAGGUCUACGAGGUUGAGUUGGGAGAUAUGAAGAAGGCGCUGGAGGCGUACGAGAAGGCCGCGGAGUGGUUUGAGAGUGAUAAUGCUGAGGCUCUCGCAAACAAGCACUUCCUCAAGGUUGCCGACCUCGCUGCUUUGGAAGGCGAUUACUACACAUCCAUCAAGUACUACGAGCGCAUUGCCCGGCAAUCCAUGAACAACCAUCUCAUGAAAUGGUCGGUGAAGGACUACCUCUUGAAGGCUGGAAUCUGCCACCUUGCUACCAAUGACCUCGUUGAGACCAACCGAGCCUUCGAAUCCUACCGUGAACUUAAUCCUGCCUUCGUCUCAGAGCGCGAGCAUCAGCUCCUUGUGGACCUGCUUCAAUCUAUUGAAGCGAAAGACCAGGACAUGUUCGCGGAUAAACUGUUUUCGUUCGAUCAGCUCAGCAAGCUGGACAAGUGGAAGACAACCCUGCUUUUGCGCAUCAAGAGCAAUAUCGAGGAGGAAGAGGAGGACUUCUCCUAG